UGUCAUUGUCAAACGUCAAUGAUAUUGAUAACCUAAAAGCAUAAGUAAAAAGAUUUGUAAUUAAUUUGGCCCUACUUAUAAAUAUCUUUAUAUAUUAGAGUGAAAUGUAAAACUGUCUCGUCAUAGUUACCUGUGUAUUAUACCUUUAAGGUUAUAAAUAUUGUGGAACCACUGUUCAUAGAUAAAAGACAACAAUUUAGGCUCAAAGAUGUCGCCACCGCCGAAAGGGAAAGCGCCUACAAAGGGCGCCAAGCAAAUCCUAGCUGAGAACAAUGCAACAGUAAUGUUCUAUAGAAAUAUGUCUCUAGGCGCCACUGCAUUCUUUAAUAUACUGACUUUUGUAUUCUUCUAUGAACAGAUGUCGACUUUAGUUAUAUGCAUGAAUGUAUUGGUAACAAUUAUUUAUGUAGUUUGCUAUCAAAUGAUGAAGUUUAUUAGCAAACCGAAAUAUACCGCAGAUAAUGUAUUACUCGAUCCUGGAUUAGAUCUGAACAUGGAAGGUGGUAUGGGAGAACACGUUAAAGAUAUCGUCAUACUGUCUUCCAUCACUCAUCUUCUCGCUCUAAUCUCCAAUUACUUCUGGCUCCUUCUGCUCUUGAUUCCGUUGAGAGGGUUCUGGUUGGUCUGGGUCAAUUUCCUCGGGCCCUGGUUCUUCCAAGAGGCACCAGAAGAUGCCGAACAUGAUGAGAAGAAACGCAAGAAGAUGGAAAGAAAAAUGAAACGCUAUCAGCAAUAAUUUUUGUUAUCUGAGGCUUUGAUAUGAUUUUUUAUUACUUUGCAAGUGAUUCGUAAUUCGUAGGGAUUUUUAAUACUUUUUGUAGUAAUAAUAAUGUUAGUUUUAUUAUAACUAAAAAUGUUCUUGCAUCUAUAUUACGUAAACAGUUGUUAGUGCGACUUAAUUGUGGUCAAUUUAAAGUAUUUCAUUUUACGAAAUAUUUAGGUAUGUUUUUAAAAACAUAUGUUAUCAUAUUUCAACAGAAAUCUUCCCUUUAAGAAUGUAUUUGUACAGUUUUGUAUAUUACUCAUAUUGUUUUAAAAUGAAUUGUUAAAAACGACUGAGUUAAAAUUUACAAUUAUUUGUUA